GGAUUAGACUCAAAGAUCAAGGAUUAUCAGCCCUGUUUUUGGGAUGUGGCAGCCGAGCGUCAUCUGUGAUUUGUGAGGCUUUGCAGACAACUUUCAGUUUCAGUGCGUCUUGCUGCGCUUCUUAGUUUUUCCAGUUGAUCUGUGAGUUGCAUGUCCAGCACAAUGAGCAGUAUGUAAUUGAAUAGAAGACAGGGGGAACAGCAACAAUCAGUGCUUUGUGUUGAUCACAAGACCCACAGGGAGGCAGCUUGAAGCAGUAUGCCUUGUGCUGCCUGGACAAUACAAUAAAGCCACCCAUCCGACAAACAGACAGGAGGACUGGGAGUACAUCAUUGGCUUCUGUGACCAGAUCAACAAGGAGCUGGAGGGUCCCCAGAUAGCCGUGAAACUGCUUGUCCACAAAAUCCACUCGCCACAAGAAUGGGAGGCACUUCAGGCUCUAACAGUGUUGGAGGCAUGCAUGAAGAACUGUGGGAGGAGAUUUCAUAACGAAAUAGGAAAAUACCGUUUUUUGAACGAACUGAUAAAAGUUGUGUCUCCAAAGUACAUGGGCGACAACGUCCCUGAGAAGGUGAAGACAAAGAUCAUAGAGAUGCUGUACAGCUGGACGGUGGCCUUCCCCAACGAGGCCAAGAUCAGUGAAGCCUACCAGACACUGAGAAGACAAGGCCUGGUGACUACUGACCCAGAGCUGCCACUGGACAAGACUCUGAUUCCCUCUCCCCCCACUCGCCCCAAAAACCCUGUGUUUGACAAUGAGGACAUGGGCAAGCUGCUUGCUGAGCUUCUUCGGAGUAAAAAUCCAGAGGACCUCCAGGAAGCCAACAGGCUGAUCAAGAACAUGGUGAAAGAGGACGAUGCACGGGUGCAGAAGGUGACGAAGCGCAUGCACACUCUGGAGGAGGUGAACAUCAAUGUGAAGCUGCUGACCGAGAUGCUGUCCCACUAUGACAAGGACAGCUCCACUGACUCGGACAAGGAGAUCAUCAAGGAGCUCUAUGAGCGGUGCGACAAGCUGAGGCGCACUGCUUUCAAAAUGGCCACGGAGACGGAGGAUAACGACGCCAGUUUGGGUGACAUCCUGCAGGCCAGCGAUGACCUCUCCAGAGUCAUCAACUCCUAUAAGAAGAUCGUUGAGGGGCAGCCCAUCAAUGGUGACAGUGAAAAGCCUGGAUCUACAGCUGGCCUUGGUGAAGGUGAUGCAACAGAGACGCUGAUUGACCUCGCCGGCAUCGACAUCCCGAGCCCUCCACAACCUGCCGUGCCUCCCACCGAGCCCUCAGAUCCUGUCCCGACUGACCCCAUGGCUUUCCCCAUCCCUGUCCUGCCCCCUCCCCCCAAACGACUGGCCGAUGCCCACGGCAGUCAGAACAGCAGCCCCAGUCACGCAGCCGGCAGCAAGGCCUCCACCGCGCUCUCCCUCCUCGACGACGAACUGCUGUCCCUAGGACUGAAUGACCCCGUUCCCUCUCUGAGCAGCCAAUCUAAACCCAAGCUGAAUGAGCUGUCCAAUCAGUGGAACUCGUUACAGGCUCCAGAGCCAAGUAUGGACUUGUUCGGAGGUGUAUCCUGUUCAGGUCCAGUGUUGCCCCCAGCUGGACCGGCCCCCACCACACACAGUCUCCAGGACCUGCAGGAUCUCGCCAUGAUGGGCUUCGGAGAUCACAAGAGUUUGCCCGGCCAGAUGUCCACAGGGAGCAGCUUUGGGAUGCCAGCAGCAGCACCGCCCUCCGUGCCCGGACAGGGUGCUGCUCUUUCCUCAUCCUCUCUCCUCCAGGGCACCAUGCCCGGCUCCCCUGCCGUGUCCCAUGCCAAGGCCCAGAGCCUGGGCUCCGCUCCGGGCAGCCCGCUGUUCCGCUCCCUCUCCCCCUGCCACCCCCCUCUCCAGGGCAGCCCCGCCAGAGGACCAGAGAUCUCCCUGGGCAACGUGCACGUCCCUCUGGAGGCAGUCAGACCAAGUAAAGUACUUCCUGUGACGGCCUACGACAAGGACGGGGUUCGUGUGCUGCUCAACUUUGCGUCCGACUGUCCCCCCGGCAGGCCCGAUGUGCUGAUCAUGGUGGUGUCCAUGCUCAACACAGCGCCCCUGCCUGUUCACAAUGUGGUACUGCAAGCCGCUGUGCCCAAGUCAAUGAAGGUGAAGCUGCAGCCUCCAUCAGGAACAGAGCUGGCUCCCUUUAACCCCAUCCUACCUCCCGCCUCCAUCACCCAGAUCAUGCUGCUGGCCAACCCAGCCAAGGAGAAGGUGCGUCUGCGCUACAAGCUGGCUUUCACCCUCGGAGAACGUCUGUGCAACGAGGUUGGAGAAGUCGACCAGUUUCCCCCACCAGAGUCAUGGGGUUUUCUAUAGCAGCAGACGGGCCGACUGCCACACAACAGGGACGGACCAAGUCGCACUCCAUGAAGGGAUGCUUGUGUGUUCUCACAUCCCAGAGAGAGAGAGAGAGAGAGAGGAGGGGGCCUUUUGCUGCAAUGUUACAAUACCCACAAAAUGCUACCUUUCAUUCACCGUUUUCCAUUUGUCAUUAUUAUCAUUAUUGUCAGCUGACACUGAAAUUUUUACCGUGCGAUGCUUGAAUAUUAUUCUGCACUGCUGAAAAAGUCAACAUACUGUGGUAAAAUAACAGCCAGGCUGUUUAAGUCGAGGUUAAAUCACUUGUACUGAGAAUUUUAAGAGGCGUUUUCCCAAAAUGAAUAUGUCAGAUUUGAAUGUGCUAUAAAUCAUCAAAGCACAAAACCUCAACCUCAAACCCAGAUGCACGGCAGCACAGCAUAACAAAAUAUUUAAAACUAAUUUUUGCUAUCGAAACUGUGGGGGAAACUUUUUUGGGGAAAAAAAAACAGUUAUGGAACCAACUAUUGUGUUUGGUGCAAGAUCUACUGUAAAGGAAAAAAAAAAAAAAAACUAGCACUUUUAUUCAUUCCUCUUACACAGACUACAGAAAAAUAUUACACUUGAAUAGAUCGAGAAAUGUAGGAAUGGCAUUUUUUGAUGAAAUUUAACUGGAAAUUGACCUGUGAAACGAGAAAUACAGCUGGGUAGAUAAAAUACUGACCUGUCCUCGCUCCAGAAAAAUAGUUGUUUUUUAGUGAUUGUUUUAGUGCAUAUCAAGUGACCAUGUUUUUAACCAUCAGGUUUUGCAUCGUGACAUGGUGAAGUAUGUUUGUUUAAGUUACACUAGCUGAUGUAGCACGUUGUUUUCGGUUGGUGGACCAUCAUGAUAUGUUGAAUAUUGUGCCGUCAUGGCAAAAUCAACCGCACUUUACAUGGUAAUUUUCCGUAUUCAGUAUAUUAAGUUGUGACCGUUAAAUUAUACCAAAACUGGUUUUACUUUAUUUUUUUUUUUUAUGUAUUAAGACUAAGUGGUUUCUCAGUGUUUGAUUUCGGUCAGGUUUUCAUUUGUAGCCAGUGAACCACAACUGACUGAAAAAGUGACUGAAACAUUUGGAUUCAUUCCAACGUGGUAGCUCAAAGGGUGGAAAUCUGUCACCAUGCCAACAACAUUUCAGUGUUUGACAGUGGGAUGGUGUGGGACUGUACUGUGUGUAUAUUUGCCUAAAACAACAAAAAGUCCACCCAACCCUCCCUGUAAGUCCCUUCUCUGGUGGUCCUCAAGUCGUCAUAUGGGAUGCACGCAAGUGUGUGUGUUAGUGUACAUAGUUACCGUCUGCUGUAUGAGAAGUUACGUGUCAAUGUGAUGUGUAGAUCUUGGGAGAGUGUUGCGUUUGUACAUAUUGUAUGAUGUGCCAUUUGUUUGCUGCAUGAAUAAAUAAAUAUUUAUUUCAGUGGA